UACCCGCUCGCAAGGUGGGCGGAGGGGGCGGCGGUGUUUGGCUGGAGAAGCGGAGGAGUGGACAUCCCGCCCCCCCCCCCCCAGCCUAUCUCACGCCUGGGAACUAACUCCAGCCCAGCUUUCUCCAAACAGGUGUCCUCAUGGCGUCUGGGAAUGGUGGGGAUGUUAGUCCUAACACAGCUGAAGGAGUCCCGUCCCUCUCCGCAUUUGCAAGAGCCCUGCGGACUUCCUCGUGCAAAAGCAAAGCCUAGAUGAUGCCCUGGAAUCUCUCCUCCCGCAGUUGGCAUCCAACAGGUCGAGAACCCGGGAAGCGCAAGGAUCCGCUCACUCCAUCUUCAACCCUGGAAGUUCUGGCUCCGUCUCCAGCCCGCCGGUCCAGAGCGGUCAGCCCAGCCUGGGAUUCUCAGCUCUCCGAAACCGGCGCUUUAGGAAAGGAUCCCAGGCGUCCUGGUUUCAAUAGAUCUCCCGCCUCGGCCUGAGCAGAGAGAUCCAGAGCCAGAGAUCCAGAAGCGCUCAAUUUCACCCGCCUCGCUCCAGCAGGGAUCGGGCUCACGCCAGUCUUCCGCGGGGUUCGGACCAAACCCGGGACUCGGCCUGGAGCGCCGUACAACCCCGGGCAGAGAGGAGACGGAACGAGGCGUCCGGGCCGCUGCCGGCUCCGCCUUCUCUCCAUGUGACAGGCGCCGUCACCGCUGCAUCCCCGGCGCUGCAACCAGCGGCCUGCACGGCUCGUCAGAGGCAGGAAGAAGAGCGGAUCCGCCCCCUCUCCCCCUCCCCGCACCUUCUCCCCCAUUCACCCUCCCCAGCACAUCCCAGAGCACCCACGCCGAGUGGCGAGGCGGUCCGGCGACGUCAAGGUCUUGCGGGGGACACUCGCCGCUUCCCCACGCGAGAGAGCCCGCCUCGCCAAGCCCUCCCGACGGCGAUCCAUCCCAGCGGAGAGAGCUUCAACUUGAGACCGGUCGGCAACCUCAAGUGGGACCAGCAGAGGUGGUGGGAAAGAGCAACAGGGCCAGCGGACGAACUGAGAAGAAAAGUGGGAACUAGGGGAUCAAGACGGGUCGUUCUCGCCUGGGAAACAGCAAGCGGACUGGCAAGCUACCCACCCCCCGGCGGCAGAGCUGGGCCCCCCUACCCAGCCCAUGGAGCCGCCGGGAUCUGGGUUGGGGGGCGCCGCCAUGCUCACUGAAAUUAGUGAUGGCUGCUUGAGGCGUUAAGUCAUGGAUCCUUCAGUCACUCUGUGGCAGUUUCUUCUGCAAUUGCUGGAACAGCAGAGCAAUGGGCAUCUGAUUGCAUGGACAUCCAAUGAUGGGGAGUUCAAGCUGGUGGAUGCAGAAGAGGUUGCACGACUCUGGGGCCUGCGGAAGAACAAGACCAACAUGAAUUAUGACAAGCUGAGCCGGGCCCUGCGUUACUACUAUGACAAAAAUAUCAUCCGUAAAGUCAGUGGUCAGAAAUUUGUCUACAAGUUUGUCUCUUACCCGGAACUUUCGAGUAUGGAAGGCAUGAAGGAUGAGGCAGGUACCAAAAAACCUGAGCAGGUCCCAGGUGAGGCCAAAGGGGGUGAAGGAGCAUUUGGUACCUCCAAAGCUCCACGAGGAGGCGGAGGUGCCCCACGUAGCAGUCGAAAUGAAUACAUGCGUUCCGGACUGUACUCCACUUUCACCAUUCAGUCACUACAGAACCCUUCACCCGUUGGACGGCCCUCACGCCAGGAGGCAGAGGUCUUGCCUAUGGUGCCUCCUCUUGCUGCUGCUCCAGAGCCAAUGGCCCCCUUUUCCAUGGCCCCAGUGGAGGACCUCCCACAACUACAUAUAAGCAUUGAAGAACCAGAGGACUCUCAAGAGUCCCUGCAGGUCAUAGUGGAGCCCAUUCCUUUGGAAACUCCUGCCCUUGAUGAGAAGGUGCUAGUGAAAGUGGAGGAGAACCUGGACCUUGACGAAGAAGCAGCUGCUCUGAUGGUUUUAAUGGAUGGCGGAGUGAAGGAAGAGGCAACUCCACCGGAGAAGUCUUCUCCGGAGAAGGAAUCUGUGGAGGCCGAUCUGCAAGAAGACGGAGAGAGGCUACUGAAGAAGGAAGCCCAGUUAUCUCCCAACCUGGUGUCUGUUUCUCUUGAGGGUCAGCCGCAGAAGGGCAAGAAGCCUAAAGUCUUGGAGCUUCCUUCAUUGCCAACUCAAGAAAAAGUGAAUGCAGCUGUUAACAGCCUCCUGGCACCGGGUGGGACGGGAAGCACCUUGACACCAACCACGGUUAUUUCCUCCCAUGCACUGACUCCAGUACUGCUCACCCCAAGUUCCUUGCCACCCACCAUCCAUUUCUGGAGUACCCUGAGCCCCAUUGCACCACGUAGCCCAGCCAAGCUUUCCUUCCAGUUUCCCAGUAAUUCUAGCUCACAGGUUCACAUCCCGUCACUCAGUGUGGAUGGACUCUCCACUCCUGUAGUCCUUUCUCCUGGUCCCCAGAAGCCAUAAUCUUUCCUCUGCAUCACCAUAUUCUCUACUCCUGCCAAAGAACUGGCUUGAGUCUCUUUUCAAGCACUUGGGUCUACUUCAGCUAGACAGCUAUGUGUCCCUUCGUUAACUGGAAGAACCCUUUGAUGAUUCAAGCCGCGUCAGCUUGAAGAAUGAAAAUGGCAUAGCAAGCAGAUUCAUCCAUUAAUCUUUGAUCUGCCAGAAUUUUUCUUUGAAACCAAAUGGUGUUUUGCUGGUAUCAAGCACUUGAUGUGUCGCACUUGCUUCUUGUUGCAAAAUUCAGGCAGCCCUCAAAUAUGUCUGUGAGGGCAAUGAGAAUAUAAGCUUUAUUUGGUCUCCUCUCCAAGAGGCUGCCCUUAUUUGACACUGUUGUGGCAAUAUGGCUUUCUUUAUCUGUCCCCUGUGGUGGUAGUCACUUUUAAUAACAGUUCAUCUGAUGGUCCAAGGUCAAGAAGGCUACCAAUCUUCAUCCACUUUGCAAGAUAAAUCAAGUCCUUCACUUCAUCUCUACCUUUUUUUUUCCUGGCUUACUUUUAGCAUAGUUAUUAUUAGAGAAGUAAGUAGAUCUUGCCAGCCAGGUUCAUUUUAGGAGUAGAAACCAGUGCCAGUCCUAUUUGUUUUGUCUAUAUAUAUGGACAACACGUUGAUAUGCAAGCCAUUUUUGUUUCGGCAGGAUAUACAGUCAUAAGGAAUUUUGGUCAGCUUUGAUCUUGGAUGGAUAGGUGUGGGAGUGCCACAUGCAACAUCGGUUGCAAGUGAACAAAGUAGAGAAGAGGAAGCACUGUUGAUCAUGUUUCUUCCAAGAAUACUGAUAAGUCAUUGUUGUAUUUGAUUUGGUUUCAUAGAGGGGGAAAAAAAAACCGAGAUGUGUUUGCUGUGCAACACAGUAGGAAUAAACUGUCAGCCAUCUUCUAUUUGACCAGCAAAAGCAACAGGAUCAGUUGCAUUUAGUUUAAACUCAGUUAAUUGUGUGUUUUUUGUUUUUUUUUUACUCACUGAAGUUGGAAUGUUUCUGGUAUUUCUUUGGGAGAAAAAUUCUCCAUCGGACACCAAGAUUUUAGCUGGGGAGGUUUUGAUCAUUUUCUCCCAUUGGUCAAAAGUCACCGAUUCGUCAACGUGGAGACCAGAGAAUGAAGUCUGCUUACUGAAUUCAAGACCUAAUUUUUUUUGUAGCAGAAUGGUUUCCUUAAUUUAUUUCCUGGCGAUCAGAGGUCAUGACAGAAAUGGCCAAAGGGGAAGUCUUAACCCUCUCUAUUUUUGACUGCUUUUUAUGGUUUCGUUUCUGUCAUCGUAAAAGAAAUAUCAGGCAUCA